UUUGAAAUUCACCGGAUACAACUGCCCCCUUCGUCCCCAUUCAUGCCGAGGCCGACCAGCUGUCUUUAAAUAUCUUUAUAAUAAAAUAAGACCAGGACGGCGUUAUAACGCACAAUGUCUUCCAACAAUAUGGCAGACCCGAGGAGACAGAAUAAGAUUUUAAGGUACAAGCCGCCCAGCACAGAGAGCAACCCCACACUGGAGGACCCCACCCCUGACUACAUGAACCUGCUCGGCAUGAUCUUCAGCAUGUGUGGACUGAUGCUCAAGCUGAAGUGGUGUGCCUGGAUCGCAGUCUACUGCUCUUUCAUCAGCUUUGCAAACUCCAGAAGCUCAGAGGACACCAAACAGAUGAUGAGCAGCUUCAUGCUGUCCAUCUCAGCAGUUGUGAUGUCUUACCUCCAGAACCCACAGCCAAUGUCGCCGCCAUGGUAACCAAGGGCCAAUCAAUCACUGAAGAGCACGGAAGUAAAUUGUGGAUGCUGGAGUUGGUGACCAAACAGCUGAUUGGCCCCCUUGGCCAUCACAGAGGAAAAACAGAGGCAGAAAGGAAGAUAAUGUGAUAGAAAGAGAAGAAGAGAGAGAAAACAGAUGACCAGGAAGGGUGGCCCUACGUCAAGAUGGACAGAUCAAAUGGUCUUUGACUGCUUUCUCAUGUUUUUCUCUUUGUAACCUUUUCUAAGUUUGUGGAUUAAAUCUUCAAAAUUUUACUGUUUGGCUGAUCUGUUGCAGGAUUUCAUAAAUAAAGUUGUACGGUUUUAAAAGAA